UGGCGUUUCAUGCCCCUGCUUGAGUGACCGCUCUUUUGAACGUUAAGAACCUGAAUCGUUUAAUACCUUUAUUUUUCCUCUCCAAUCCUAAAAAAAAAGCAUGAUUUAUUACCAUUAGAUACGCGUAUGAAACCGAUUUCACAGCUCCAGUCUCUGCCCAGGCCUCAACGCCACCUCGCCGUUUCCAGGGAGACGGACGCUGCAUACGGAAGUGAGUUUCCCCUGGCAGGAAACGGUAUGGACUAGCAGCAGUCUCUGGAAAAACUGGGAAAAAAUAUUAAACUCGCAGUACUGUGACGGUGACUUCUAUGCGGUAUACAAUAAGACUAGGCUUUUCCGAACAAAAAGGAAUGGACGUAAAUAUAUCCCUCACGGACUCAUAGCGGAGGUAGCCGUGGCGUGCGCUGCGUACUGCACAGCGACAUUUCCACCAGCUGGAUGAAGACCUUUAAUUUCACUGCUAAGCAGUUUCAGGUGGUCUGCGUUACGGGCGUUAGCUAAACAAAUCAGUCUUAUAGAGUUUCUGUUUCCCGUAUUGCGAAGGUAGAGGCAGCAACAAAAAAAAAACAAAAAAAAAACAGACGCCCAGUGGAGACAUUUAGGGAAACAGUCUGAAAAAUAGUGGCGUUUUAACACCCCCGGUUGAAUAUAUUCCAAAAUGUUCACGGACGAGACUUUAGAAACCGUGGGCGCCGGCUCUCUGUGGAGGAAGUCGCGUCAGCUGGAGCAAGAGUCGAAGAGCUGCCAGACGGCACCCCUGCAGACCGCGGAGGUGGAGGUGCAGUCCCUCCAGACCUCGGACAGUGGCACUCAGACUGACGCCGACGAGCUCUGGGCCCAGCGCUCCCGCCUGGCCCCGCCGUCCGAGCAAGAGGCCCCCGGACUGGGAGAGUUCCUGCUCCGGGUGGAGGGGACGGUGGUGAAAGAGCUGGCGAAGAACGCCAAGAGCCACGCGUUCAGCGGGUUCGAGGUGAACUGGGAGGACCGGACCCAGACGGUGACCCGCCUCCACUGUCUGCAGUACACCGAAGCCCAGGAUAGGAGGCUGCACGUGACCAGUGUCUCCUGGAGCUCCACAGGCUCGGUCAUCGCGUGUGCAUAUGGCCGUGUGGAUGACGGUGACUGGAGCACAGAGCAGUCCUUUGUGUGCACGUGGAACCUGGACAGGAGAGGGUUAAACCCCAAGCGGCCCGACCUGGUCAUAGACGUGCCAGCGCCUGUGAUGUGUCUGGCUUUCCACCCCUCCCAGCCCUCCCUCAUCGCCGGGGGUCUGUACAGUGGGCAGGUCGUGGUGUGGGACACCAGUCGCACCCAGGACCCGGUGUUCGCCCAGACAGGCAUGUCAGCAGACGCUCACCGGGAGCCCGUGUACCAGGUGUGCUGGGUGCCAGGGCCGCGCAGAGGCGAACAGGCUGUGCUGAGCGCGGGCAGUGGGGGACGGGCCCUGCGGUGGCGGGUGGAUGGAGAGGGGCGGCUGGCGCUGAGCGCGGGGUACGCUCUGGCCGCGCAACAGAUCCCCCGCAGCGGCGCGCUGAGCAAGGCCCGCGGGAGCGGCGCGGUGGGGGUGACGUCCCUGGCGCUCAGCCCCUGGGACUCCGACGUUUUCCUGCUGGGCUCGGAGGGCGGCCUGGUGCUGAAGUGCUCCUUCUCCGCUCAGGCUGCAGCGGCGGGGCCCCCGGGGAGCGAGAGCCAGAGCGUGACGCUGAGGGCCCCGGCCCAGUUCUCCUUCGCCCCGCGCUGCGGCCCCGUCCACGCCCUGCACUGCUCCCCCUUCCACAGGAACCUGUUUGUGAGUGCAGGGACAGAUGGCCUGGCCCACAUUCACAGCCUGCUUCAGGCGUCCCCCGUGCUCUCGGUGCGCGUGUGCGACGCGUAUGUGUUCGGUGUGCGCUGGUCUCCUACUCGCCCCCUGCUCCUCGCCGCUGCUACAGGACAAGGAUCAGUGCUGCUCUUUGAUCUGGGACGGGGGUCCCUCAGGCCCACAGCGACCAUUGAGCACAGCGCAGAGGGCAUGGCGGUCUCCUGCCUGGAGUACAACCCCAGACAGACGGACCUAUCUAGCGAAGCAUUUAGUAGCUAA